CUUGACUCAGCGGACCUAAAUAUCGACGGCAGCUGGAGAUCAAGCGGUCCGACGACAGAUGGAUGCCCAGUGAAGAAGCGGUCCGCUCCGGCUAGGAGAGCUAAAGAAGUGAACAAUGGUGCUGUGCCCUGAAGGUUGUACAUCCGGAUCAGGAGGAGAAUCUUCUUGCAGUGAGGCGGGUUCCAGCUGUCUUCAGUUUGGAGUUCGCUCCUAUCUGCAUCACUUCUAUGAAGAGUGUUCGUCCUCCGUGUGGGAGAGGGACCCAGAGAACCGGGGGUCAGCCCACAGCCACAGAACCGCCCUGUGGUGGAACUCAGCUGUCUGGAAGGUGUCCUUGGCUCUGGGUCUGCUGAUGCUGACGGCAGGUGUUGUGUCUCUCUCCGUCGCUUACUCCGCACCCCACAAAAUCGAGUCCUUCGGCGAGGGAGACCUGUUCUUCGUGGACCCCCAGGCCAUCAGCCACAACAGGGGUCUGCACUUCAGCACGGCGUCCGGGAUCGGGCUGUCGUGCCUGGGCUCCGCGCUGGCUGUGAUGGGGGUGGUCGUCUGGGUCCUGCCCAAGGCCAACCUUAAAGAGCGGCUGUUCCACCGACCGAGGGAAGCUGAUCAGCGGGGGGAGCCGGGCUCGAAGUGGAGGGGAUUCAGGGAUGUGAUAACUAAGCCGCCAGAUACAGGAGAAGGAAAGAUGCCUUUUACUCUGGCUAAAGUGAAAAAUGUGCAACCCGCUUCCUAGAGAGAGGCACAUAAUCUGAUUCUGACCCCUUGUUUACAUCGCUUCCCUGUCGUCUCUGAUUGGAUUAUAGACUCACUAUAGACUCACACAUACUGUGUAGUGCGUUCACAUUUUAAGUCUGAUUUUUUUUUUAAAGUCUCCCAUCACCAUCUUCAAAACACAUCAAAUUUAUACAUUUUAUAGUCCGAAUUUGGACUAAAAAAUUAUUUAUUUUUAUUACUGAAGUUCUUCUAAGGAUAACAAUUACUUUCUUAAGAUCUCCUUCGAAUACAGGUGUUUUUGAACAAAACUUUAAGCCAUAACUGGGUUACUUUAUGAGCCCUAAAGAACAUUAGAGCCACCUGAAGAGUUCUGAUAAUUAGAAAUAAUCAUAACAGCUUUACUCUUUAAUAAAAAUGAGACCCAGAGAAAUGACCCAGUUAAUGUGAAGAAGCAGAAAAACAGAGCUAUUGACUGUGGGAUGUAUUUGUUCAGCACACAACCGUUAUAAUUUUAACACACACCCAAUAACACACCAGAUAGCUUAUUGAGUACAUACUGUAUUGACUGAUCAAACACAAUAAAAGUAUUGGUACAAUGUAAGUUGUAAGGUUUACAGACAGCUUUCAGCUUGGUGCGGUUGACCGGCAACCAAAUGGAUCGAACUUGAAAAAUCCAGUUAUAUUUUAUCUUCUUUACAGUGAAUUUGCCCUACCUAAGAUGAUGCUUUACACCAUUAAUUACUACCAAUGGUAUUCACCACAGAUGUAUUCCUGCAGUUUUAAGAACAUACAGUAUAUAUCAUCAUACUUGGAAAUGAUUUUUUUCAUACUUGUAGCUCAUGAUAGUUGCAGUAGUAGCACCACCUGUGAGACAAAAAAAUUGAGCCCAAGAACUGAGAAGUCAGCCUUGAACACAGAAGUCACCUCGAUGAAAGCAUAAAUAGAAAAGUGCUAAAUAAAAACAAAACAAAUGUCAGGAAACAGAUAGAUGUUUUAAUUUCUGCUCUGGUUAUUGUGCUCACAUUUCUGUUAAUCUGCUAAUAGCGGUGCUAAUUUUUAGCUCUGCGCUUUAGUAGUUUUGCUAGCUUGAAAAUGUUUAGCGCACUUAGCUUCCCCUAAGUUAAUUUUUCCAGAUAAAUCCCAAACUGAUUAUUUACUGGACUAUUUUGUAAACUUUCAAUUAAAUGAAAUUCAGCAUCUUUGUUGAAGUUUUGGUUACCCACUCUUCAUUCAUGCUCUUAUUUUGAAGUGGGUGAAGGCUGUUUAAUCUGCAGCGCCGUUUCUUUUCUUUACAUGGUUUUUUUUCUUUCCCUCCCAAUAAUUUCAUUUAAAG